CAGGUCCUCCAACGUUCCUGAUUUUCGGAAACUUAUGGACAAUAAUAGAGGCCAUAAAGGGAAACUUUCCAUCCGUGGUUAAAGCAAGCCGUCAAAAGUUCGGCGACAUUUUCGCAUUCGUGCACCCUACCGGUGACAAAGAAGUGCACCUUUGCAAUUUUGACGACAUUAAAGAAGUCUGCAAAAGGCAAGAGUUUGCUGGGAGGCCACAGUCCUUCCCGCUGCUGGUGCGAAGUUACCAACAAAAGCUGGGCCUAUUUUUUAGCGAGGGACCCAGCUGGAGGGAGCAUCGCCGCUUCGCCCUGCAACACCUGAGGGAUCUGGGUCUCGGAAAGACCUCGAUGGAGUCGAUUAUCCUGGAAGAGUUUGAACAGCUGGCAAACGAAAUGGCUGGGAAGAGCGGCUCCCCGAUGGAAGUGGUCGGCCACUUCAACCUAACGGUACUGAACAUUAUCUGGCGGUUGGUGGCUGGCACACGGCUCGACCGCAGCGACGAAAAAGCUCAGCGUCACGCUGCGACCGUCAGAGAAUUCUUUGAAACCAUUGGCCCGACGAACCCGCUGAACUUUGCGCCGUGGCUGCGUCACCUCCUUCCCGAGUGGAGCAGUUACGCGUCACUGAUCCGCCACCGCGACACCACGACUGACAUGCUCGCGGAGCUGAUCCGCGAGCACAAACGGACGCUGAACCGCUCCAGCCCGCGUGACUUCAUCGAUCUCUUCCUGCUGGAAAUGGAGUCUCCUGACGCCGAGGCGCGCCAGUUCACGGAGCAGAACCUGACAAUCAUCAGCAUGGACUUCCUCAUCGCCGGCAUGGACACGACGGCCAACUGGCUCAGCUGGGCGCUGCUCCUGCUGGUCAGGAACCCGCAGGUGCAGGAGCGAGUGCAGCGAGAGAUCGACACCGUGCUGGGCCGUGCGGCCCCGACGAGCGCCGAUCGCGCUCGCCUGCCCUUCACCGAGGCCACUAUGAUGGAGGUGUCGCGCAGGGCGCCGGUCGCGCCGCUAGCGGCUCCGCACAGCGCGCUGAGCGACGCUACUUUCCACGGAUACACCAUCCCCAAGAACACCACGCUCGUGCUGCACUUGCACUGCGUGUUCAUGGACCCGGAUUACUGGGGCGAUCCGCUGGCCUUCCGGCCGGAACGCUUCCUGCAGCCGGACGGCAGCGUGCGACGCGACGAGCGGCUCAUCCCGUUCGGCAUCGGGAAGAGGCUCUGCCUGGGCGAGACACUGGCACGCACUGAGACGUUCAUGCUGUUGACGUGCCUGCUGCAGCGCUUCCGCUUCAGCGCCGCUCCAGACCAGCGCCUCUCCUUAGAGUCCAGCCUCCUCUUCGUUCAGCCGCCCCGGCAGUUCUCCGUAACAUAUGAGCUCCGUGACUAGCUGUUGACGUUGGACACUGUAUAACUAUUACAAGCCCAUGCCCUUGGAGAACGUUUGCAAUCUACCGGCGCUAUGUCUAUAUCACAGUUUUGUUCAUGUCCAUGGCAAU